GUGGGUCAUCUGAGAUUGUUUAUUUCUCAACAAACUUGAACGUAAAAGGUCUGCCAGAUUCGGAUCCAGGAACGACCCUUACGUCAUUUUCACAUGAUGUGAUCUCAAUAUCAUACGAACUUCGAAGGUUAAUUCAAUCAAGAACCACAAGAAAACAAUGCAAUCAUGCCUUCAAAAGUCGACCCUGCUAUUUCAGAAGCUCUCUCCCUCGAUCCUACUACAGCUACAAUUUCCAGGCAUGGAGGAAGUGGAUUUGCUGAGACCUUCAAAAUAAAUGGCACAGUCGAUGGGAAGCAAAAGCUUUUCUUUGUGAAGACUGGAGGGAGGGACAGUGAGGAUAUGUUUACUGGUAUGCAACUUGGUCACUUUACUUUCUAUUGGGAUCGUAUAGCUUCUUUAUCAAUCCAAGUAUGAUAUCAACCACGUGCUCACCCAUAACCACAAUAGGAGAACACGCAUCUCUCAACGCCAUCAACUCCAUCAUGCCUACCCUCUGUCCCAAGUCAUACGCACAUGGACCCUUAGAAUCUGGAGGAUUCUUCCUAGCCACGGAUUUCUUAGAUCUUAAUCCACGAGAUGGAAAGCCUGGAUCAGGAGAGUCUUUGGCGAAGAAAUUGGCGAAGCUGCAUAGUACACCGGCACCCAUUCCAGAGGGAUAUGAGGGACCUCAAUUUGGAUUUCCUGUUACGACUUGUUGUGGAGUGACACCACAAGAUAAUAGGUUCAAGGUGAGUUGGGCGGAGUUUUAUGGGGAGAAUAGGCUGCGGAGUAUAGUUAAGAAAGCGGAGGCGAGCAAUGGUGCAGAUUGGGAGUUGAGGGGGUUGGUGGAUGACGUGGUGGAGGUGAUAGUUCCGAGAUUGUUAGGGGAUGAACAUUUGAAGGGUCGGGAUGGAGACAAAAUCAGGCCGGUGGUUGUGCAUGGGGAUUUGUGGAGUGGGAAUCAUGGUCGAGGGAGGAUUGGGUAUGGAGGGGUUGAAGAGGUGGUUUUCGAUCCUAGUUCUUGUUUUGCUCAUGCGGAGUUUGAGGCCGGGAUUAUGAGCAUGUUUGGUGGGUUUGGAGAGAGUUUUUGGAGGGAAUAUCAUGCGGUUAGGCCGAAGGAUGAGCCGGUGGAGGAAUGGGGGGAUAGGUGUUUGUUGUAUGAGUUGUGAGUACUACAUCGUAAUCUUAAUAUGUCGGUUGAGGGGGAUAUGUGAGAUGUUUGUUGACUUGAUGGCUUAGGUAUCAUCAUUUGAAUCACUAUUCGAUGUUUGGAGGUGGGUAUAAAGGAGGUGCUGUGAGUAUCAUGAGGAAGCUACUGAAGAAGUAUGGAAAGGAAACUUGAUAUGGACAACAAUAGAUCAUCAUUAAAGAUUUUACAACUU